AAAAAAAUCACCUCUCUUGGAAAAGGAUUAGUGAGGAGAUUGUACAACCUGCACAUCAUGUUGGUCAAAGUGAGAUUUGGUGAAACUCAGAAGUAUGUUAAAGUUGCCCAAACUGAAGAGGGCUAUGAAGACUACAAUACAUUUCUUCAGAAAGUCAUAGAAAAGUUAGGUCUUCCAUUGCAGACCGAGCUGCAUGUCACAGAUGAAUCUGGGACAGAAGUGGAUGCGGAUGUGUAUGAGGAGCUUUUAAAAGCAGGGAAUCUUAUCAUUCAUGUGUCCACAGAAAAGUCUACAGAGUUGCUUGUGUCCGACACGUCAUCCUCUGUGGCGUCUGAUUCAUCAGAUGCAACAGUGAUUCUUGAUAGAAACAAUGUAUAUAAAAGAACCCACAUUAAGCGGGAAUCAGCAAAUGAGCAUCCUGACAAGCAACUGUUCGGCGAGGAAUGCCGUGAGGCAAUAUCCUUAUUGAAACAUUCAACUGAUGUGUCAGUUGUCAAAGAUAAGAUGAUGGCAACAUUUCAAUACCGCCAGACGCUAGUUCAGGACCAGCAAAACUCUGCAACAGUCUUGGAUGUGUUCCCGCGGUUUCUCGACAUCCCCGGCUUGAUUGACCAAGAUUUCACCAUGAUGUUUGGAGAAGAGGUUUCUGGCAGAUUUUUGGCAAAAUGGCCGACGUACUUCAAACCCAGGCUCCUGGCAGACUGCAAGAACCGGACUUCUAAUGAGCAUGUUGAAGAACUCUUGUCUGCGCAGCAAAACUCAAAUGAGUCUGGCUGGGACAGUGACCUGUCAAUCAUUCUACUGCUGGUUCACCUGCUCCCCCCUACGUCAAAAGGCCACAAGAAGAGUGCUAAGAUUAGCUCAUAUCAAGCUGUCAAACAUGUGGCGAGAUAUCUUAAGAUUGGAGCCAGUGUUGAGGCCUUCCUAGGGAGCUUGGAACCAGGACAGCCCUUCCUCCUCUGUGUUGGUGAACAUAAGAACAACAUUCAGAGGUUCUAUGUCAUCAUUGACAAGAAGGCCAUCCCUUGCAAGGCGCAAACAUCCCUGGCAGCUUUCGAUGAGCUUUUCAAGGCACACUUCAUCUUCAGUGUUAACUACCAUGAAUCCCUCAACAGCUUCUACACAUUCAUCCAAACCACAGUGUUUAACAUCGACUUGGGAAGUACCAAGGAAAGUCCCAGAGUAAAGGAACUCAGAGCAAGGCUGUUUCACACUAAUAUUUGA